AUGGUGUCCGGAACCAAUGAUAAAAAUACACCCGCCGUAGUCUCCCUCGUCGCGGGUGGGAUCGCAGGGGGCAUUGAAGGGUUCCUGUCGUAUCCCUUGGAAUUCGCUAAGACUCGAGUCCAAUUGAGAGCUGAGAAAGGCGUGCCAACUCCACGGAAUCCUUUCCUUGUCGUGACGCAGGUAUACCAGAAUGAAGGUAUCAGGGCUAUGUACAAGGGAUGUGGUGCUCUUGUUGUGGGCUCAAUAGCUAAAGACGGCGUGCGCUUUCUCUUUUUCGACCAAAUCAAAGAGUCUUUCGCAGACCCUGAAACUGGUACUCUAUCGCCUUUACGCAACCUGCUGGCUGGCAUGACCGCUGGUGUUAUAGCAUCUACUACGGCAGUCACUCCAACCGAGCGAAUUAAGACAGCCCUCAUCGACGACGCACGAAACGAGAAGAGAUUCCGUUCAGGACUGCACGCGACCAGGGUUAUCUGGCAAGAGCAUGGAAUCCUUGGCCUGUACCGAGGGUACGCAGGAACCACUCUUAAACAAGCAUCAGCCACAGCUUUCCGAAUGGGUACCUACAAUAUCCUCAAAGACUUCGAAAAGACAAGAAACAUCGAACAGAAUACCGCCAUUAACUUUGCCAAUGGGUCUGUGGCAGGUGUUAUCACGACGCUUGCCACCCAGCCUUUUGAUGUUAUCAAAACAAGAUCCCAAAGUGCGAAAGGAACGAGUACCAUUGAAGCUAUAAAGAGCGUUCUUCUCGAUUACGGUGUCAAAGGGUUCUGGAAGGGCACAACUAUGCGUCUAGGACGCACUGUGUUCAGCGGCGGAAUUCUUUUUACGAGCUAUGAGGCAGCGGUCAAGAUCAUCUCGCCACUGUACUCUGGGAGCAAACACGCUUCAGACUCUGAGGUCGCGUAG